AUGCCAACUUACUUGAUCCAUUUUGCUCAGUUCCACGAAGAAUUUCGGCUGCCUGAAUUAUUUUCUUUGGCGAAGCUGGAGAAGGUUCAUUUAGAAUGCGACGAAAGCACCUAUAGACUCGACAACCCUUAUUUCAAAGUGACACUGGACUCAGAACAGGAAGCCCAAAAACUGGUGAAGCGUGCUAUAUUGAUCAAAAAAAUUUAUGAACUCUGGGCUGAAGCCAACUCGUAUGAUGAGAUUCAUGCACAAGUCAAGGAUCAGCCCGAACUUUGGAAAGGAAAAUACGAUGAAGCUUCAUUCAAAUUUAGUGUAUCCGCAUUUAAUUCGACCAUAUCUGUUCCACAACAACGCGAGAUUAUCAACUCAUUCUCAUACCUCGGUUUCAAUGGUCCUAUUUCGAUGAGCAAUCCAGAUAAUCGAUUCUGUGUUUUGGAGGAUUAUGGCUCUGCGCUACCGCAAUUGGGAGUAGAGCCUGCACGAGAAUGGAUCUAUAUGGGACGAUUGGUGGCCUCGGGUAGUCGAGACGUUGUUCAAAAGUACAACCUGAAAAAGCGAAAGUAUCUAGGCACCACAUCCAUGGAUGCAGAACUCUCACUCGUCAUGGCCAAUCAAGCACAAGCAGGUUCCGGCAAAUUGAUCUAUGAUCCAUUCGUCGGCACUGGCAGUUUCUUGUUCACAUGCGCACAUUUUGGUGCAUUUACGUUGGGAUCGGAUAUUGACGGUCGACAAAUCCGCGGGAAAGGAAAGAGCAGCGUGAGAUCCAAUAUCGAGCAGUAUAGUCUGCAAGGAAGAGUAUUGGAUUCUUUAGUGUUUGACGUGUGUCACCAUCCAUGGCGUACCAAAGCUUGGCUUGAUGCUAUUGUUACUGAUCCGCCAUAUGGUGUUCGUGCUGGAGCAAAACGAUUAGGACGAAAAGAGGAUUCGAAAAAGACAUUGCAAAUGAGAACUUAUGAAGGCGUGCCGAUGCACACACGCGAAGAUUAUUAUCCACCUACAAAGCCAUACGAAAUGUCCGAAGUCUUGGCAGAUCUGUUGAAUUUCGCAGCCGAGCAUUUGCGUGUAGGUGGCCGUUUGGUCUACUGGCUUCCCACCGUAGUUGACGAAUACUCCAGCGCCGAUAUCCCACAACACCCUAGCAUGACAUUGAUCUCUAACAGCGAACAGAACUUUGGCCAAUGGGCUCGACGAUUGAUCACUAUGGAAAAAGUGCGCGAAUUUGAUGCGUCGCAACGCAUCACCGCACACGAUACAGAGUCGUCCUGUAUACCCAAAGAGCAGGCAGAACCACAACAGCAGCCAGAUACGACACCAGCAACAAAUUCAUCACCAUCAUCAUCGUCGUUAGAAGCGUCAUCAGAACAAAUAGAGGAUCCAAAACGACCUGGCCACUAUCUUUUCCGUGAAAAGUACUUUAAUUUCGGCCGUUCUACUCCCGAAUCAUCAGGCAACAGCGCUUCUGGAUCUGAAGCGAAAUAA